CGUUGGGGCCCGGCUCGCUGGAAUUGGAGACUGGAGCGGUCAUGGAAGCGCUUAGGUGCUCGGAGCACGGAACCGUCUGCUUUCUCAAGACUGGCGUCCGCGAUGGUCCCAACAAAGGAAAGAGCUUCUAUGUGUGCCCGGCGAACUCUUGCAGCUUAGUGCUGGCAGCCGACAUUCCUGUUUCUCAUUGUUUAUUGCAUGAGGACUGUGUGGUAGCACUUCAGGGCUUGCUGCUACCGCCGGGCAAGGAAGAAUACAGGUUGUUCUUCCAGUGCGUUAGAAGUAAGGCAGCAGGGAAGCAGUGGUGCGGAAGUAUCCCAUGGCAGGAGCCCGGUUCCAAAGAACAUCCUGUAACCCACAAGUGUGAGAGCGCCUCUGAGCCACUUCAUUAUCCUUCCAACCAGCAGAGAAACCCGUUCAAGGUACUUGACAAGAAUCAAGAACCGUCUCUCUGGAAACAGUUCACCAAAGGCGAAGGUGAGAAAAAGAUGGCUGACAAGAAUCAAAAGGAAAAAGGAGAUGUGUUCUUGGAUCAAAAGAAGGAAUGGAAGGCUGAAUCCAACUGCUGGAUGAAGAAAGAUCUCUCCUCUGGCCUGGAGGUAAAGAAAAAACAAGCUGCCGGUCAAGAGAAGCAUGGAGUGGAGAAAGAGUUUCAGUGUGAAGCAAAGGAGAGCAAAGGGAUGCACAGAAGAGACCUUUCUGGGGUUGAAUCCAAACAGGGCCACGGCGAUGAGCUGAGAAAACCGUCCGGAUCUCUUCAGGAGAAAUCAAAUGUUGAGAGUCAUCAUGUCCAAAAAACAUCAGAGCCUCUGAGGGAAAAGGAACCCAAGCCUUUGCCUGGAAUUACUCAUGGUCAGAACCCAACAAUCAAGCCCCAGACAGGGGGCCACCUCAACAAAGAGCACUCCAAGAGCCGGGAGCCUAGAGAAGCAAAGGCAGGGGGUGACCCAAGCACGCAGUCCAAUCAGCACUCGGAGCCUCGGGAUGUGCCUGCCCCACAAGGACCGUCUGCACAGUGCGCACCAGCUGCUGUGGCGCGCCCCCUGGGAGAGGGCCCAGAAGCGGGCUCCAGCCAUGGUGACCAUGGGCAAGGUACUGCUGUUUCCCCGAAGCCUCCCUUGCUCUUUGACUUGACUCUGGACUCACAGAAUGAGAACCGCCUUUCAUUCCCUGGUCAGAGCGUGCAAAGAAACACAUCUGCCACCUCAGGAGUUUCCAAGAAGGUGGAACCUUCAGACCCGGUAGCCCAACGUGUGUACCUCACGACACAACUGAAACAAAAGAAGAGCACACUGAAAUCCGUGAACCUCCAGGCUCUUCCAGACAAGGGUCAGAAGUUGCUUAAGCAGAUCCGGGAGUUGGAGGAAGCCCUGGGAGCUCUUGCCCUCUCCCCAGAGCCAGACGCUAAUGAGAAGAGUGACACUCAAGUACCACAGCAGAGAAACCUCACCAAAACUGCCGCUGACCUCCCUCGCUUGGUACCUCCCCCACCCCUGCAGGAUCAGGGACUGCAGCCUCUGGGUUCUCAAGGACUGAAGGCCGUCUGCCCACUAGCUGCUGGGGGAUCCAGCUGGUGCUAUGGAGGCCCUCCCAAACCAGAUGGCCCUCAUGCAGUGUGGAAAAUCAUAAGUAAAGCCAUUGACGAGCUACAUCAGUCACUGGAGUCGCGGCCUGCCGAGACAGCUUUGGCAGAGGAUCCCCCCGGGCUGAAGGUCCCUUUGCUACUGCACCAGAAACAGGCGUUGGCCUGGUUACUAUGGCGGGAAAGUCAGAAGCCACAUGGAGGAAUUCUGGCGGAUGAUAUGGGAUUAGGAAAAACUCUGACAAUGAUUGCACUCAUCCUGACCCAGAAGAAUCAGGAGAAAAAGAAAGAAGAAGACAAAAACAUGGCAUUGACCUGGCUUUCCAAAGAUGACUCCUCUGAGUUCACUUCCCACGGAACGCUGAUCAUCUGUCCUGCUUCCCUGAUCCAUCAUUGGAAAAACGAGGUGAUGAAACGUGUGGGCAGCAACACACUAAGAGUCUGUCUCUAUCAUGGGCCCAACCGGGAACAACGUGCAAAAGUACUAUCUACAUAUGACAUCGUGAUCACCACCUAUAACCUUCUGACCAAGGAAAUUCCCACACAGAAACAAGAGGGAGUGAUCCCGGGUGCAAACCCCAGUGCGGAGAAGGAGAUAGCAAAAACACCUUUGCUUCGAAUAGUCUGGGCUCGAAUCAUAUUGGAUGAAGCUCACUGUGUUAGGAACCCCCGAGUGCAGACUUCCACAGCUGUGUGCAAGCUAGAGGCCCAUGCCCGUUGGGCUGUCACCGGAACCCCCAUUCAGAACACCUUGUUGGACAUGUAUUCACUGCUGAAAUUUCUCCGUUGCUCACCAUUUGAUGAUAUCCGACUGUGGAAGAGCCAGGUUGACAAUGGUUCAAAGAAAGGAGGAGAACGGUUAAGUAUUUUAACCAAGAGCCUUUUGCUGAGGAGAACAAAAGACCAGCUGGACCCCACCGGCAAGCCCUUGGUGAUGCUGCCCCAGCGGAAAUUUCGGGUGCACCGAUUAAAGCUCUCUGAAGAGGAAGAGAAUGUUUACAGUGUCCUUUUGGCAAGAUCCAGGUCAGCUCUGCAAUCCUACCUCAAAGCAGGGCACGAAAGUGGAGGCAACCAGUCUGGAAGAAGCCCUGAUAAUCCAUUCAGUAAAGUGGCUCGGGAGUUUGGGUCCGGUGGGCCUGGAGCCUCUGCAGCCACGGACUCACAGCGGUCUGGCACCCCCCACGUACUGUUGACACAGCUGCUGAGACUCCGCCAAUGUUGCUGUCACCUUUCUCUGCUGACGUCGGCCCUGGAUCCGGCAGAACUGAAAAGCGAGGGCCUGGUCCUUUCUCUGGAAGAGCAGCUCAGUGCCUUGACGUUGUCCGAACUCUGUGAUGCAGAGCCUUCUCCCAUCAUUUCCCUUAAUGGUGAAUGUUUCAAGGCGGAGAUCUUUGAGAACACAAGAGCAAGCAGCAAGAUUUCAUCUCUGUUGGUGGAAUUGGAGGCAAUCCGAGGAAAUGGAGGGUCCCAAAAGAGCGUCAUCGUCUCCCAGUGGACCAGCAUGCUGCACGUGGUAGCCUUGCACCUGAAGAGGCACGGCCUGACUUAUGCCACCAUCGAUGGCUCUGUCAGCCCCAAACAGAGGAUGGACCUGGUGGAGGCAUUUAACAGCUCCAGGGGCCCUCAGGUUAUGCUAAUCUCUCUCUCGGCUGGAGGUGUUGGCCUAAACCUGAUUGGAGGAAACCAUCUUUUUCUUCUGGAUAUGCACUGGAAUCCAUCACUCGAAGACCAGGCUUGUGACCGAAUUUACCGAGUAGGGCAGCAGAAAGACGUUGUCGUGCACAAGUUUAUUUGUGAGGGAACAGUGGAAGAGAAGAUCUUACACCUUCAAGAAAAAAAGAAAACUUUGGCCAAACAGGUUCUAUCAGGAUCUGGAAAAUCUGUCAAGAAGCUCACGUUGGCUGACCUCAAAGUCCUUUUUGGCAUCUAACUUCCUGUUUACCGGGCUCAGGGUAGUGCUGCUGUUGGUUUGUGUUAGGAUCUGGGAGAGCGACCUACACGUGACCCUCCAAGCCCUCCUUGGCCCUAGGCCCUCCCUGGAAGGAGGCGUCAUCGAGCCUCAAUUACCAUGUUAACUAAUUGGUGAGUCAGGUUAAUCAAUCGACUUAUUUAAGAGUGACAGAGAAACUAAUGAACUACUUCAGAAAAAAGAAAAUGCCUGAGAGUUCAAGAACUUUGGAAAACAACGCCAGGACAGUUGUAGGAAAGCUUCAGUAAAAGCUCAAAACGCCGUCUGUUGCCUUUCUCUUCUCAGCUCAGGGGGGACCAGUGUCCCAGCUCCAUGCCAUCUGUCCCUCUCCCGCCAGUGAAGCUGCUCCUUUUAACAUGUCCCUGGGCGGAGCAGAGAGUGGACCCCGCGGCCAUGCCUCUGUAGCUGUCUCCACCAAACAGUUCUCCCUCACAGGCGUGAGACCAAGGAGGUGCCUCGUACGUGAGCAGGUGUCUGUUAUGGGCAUCAUCACAGCAUUCAGUAUUUGGUAUCGUUUCACCUAGUGCUGUUCCACUGUUUCCUGUCACUGUAAUAUCAUGUGCUACUUGUGAAAUAAAAUGGACUAUGUGUCUUUUUUUUUUUUAAUGUUUAUGUAUUUUUGAGAGAGAGAGUGAGCAAGUGCAAGCAGGGGAGGGGCAGAGAGAGAAGGAGACACAGAACCCAAAGCAGGCUCCAGGCUCUGGGCUGUCAGCACAGAGCCUGACACGGGGCUCGAACCCACAAACUAUGAGAUCAUGAGCUGAGCCAAAGUCGGACGCUUAACCGACUGAGCCAUCCAGGCGUCCCUGCUAUGUGUUGUUUUUUACAGUACAGGCAGACCUCCCUUCAUGGCGCCUUGUGGAUACUGCAUUUCUUAGCAACAGCAUUUGCUUACUUCCUGUCGGGGUCACAGUUCGGUAACAGUGUUUCAGGCUUUUCGUUAUAUUUGCGUGGCUGGGAUCUCAUGAUCAAACUUGAACAGAUGAGGAGCUGCUUCUGAUGGACGAGCAAAGACAGUGGUUUCUUGAGAUAGAAUCUGCUCCUGGUAAGGAUGCUGUGCAGACUGUCGAAAUGACAAUACAGGAUUUAGAAUAGUCCAGAAACUUACUUGAUAAAUCAGCAGGGUUUGAGAGGAUGGACUCCAAGUCUGAAAGAAGUCCUAUGGUGGGUAAGAUGCGGUCACACUGCAUCACAAGCUACAGACAAAUUGUUUGUGAAAUGAGGAGUCCCUCGUUACGACAGACUUCACUGUUGUCUUAAGAGGUUGCCACAGCCAACACCGUGAUCCAUGUCAAGGCAAGACCCUCCACCGAGUCUCUGAAAGUUCAGAUGAUAGCAUUUUUAGCAAUAAAAGAUUUUUAAAUUAACAUAUAAUAUAAUAUAUACGUUGUUUAGACAUACUGUUGCACAUGUAACAGACUACAGUAUGGCAUAAAUAUAAUAUUUAUAUGCACUGGGAAACCAAGAAAUUCAUCUGACUCACUUUACUGUGAUAUUUGCUGUACUGUGGCGGUCUGGAACCGAAUCGGCAAUAUCCGAGGUGUGCCUGUUUUUGCAUUUUUACAGAUUUACAAUAUUUGGAGCACUUUGUAUCACAGUCUCAUUUAGUAUUAGAUCAUGUUAGUAUUUCUGCCAUCAUAUCCUUUAGUAUUUGUAUGACGGUUGGUUUAACCCGAUAAAUGUGUGCCUGACACUGUAGCAAAGAUAA